GAUACAGGAGCAACAGCAGGAGGUGGAUUGAUUGGAUAUUUCAAUCCAUUCGCUUACAGCAGUACAACACUGUUUUAUAUGUUCUCAUUGUUGAAGUUUGCCUCCUCUGUAUACUUGUUUCACAAGGCUCUGCUGCCACUACCAAUCGCUCGAUACUUUGGUCGAGUGUUUCACUUCUUCACGGCACCAUUCGUGUUGGCAAUGCAAUACUCUGGCCUGCGAGGCAAUCUGAUCGAUCGCAUUGGCGACGGCGUGUAUCUUGGCGCCGCACCCUACUCUUGGAACAUGCAACAACUGCUGGUCAACAACAUUGGCGCCGUAGUCAACCUGUGUGACGAGUACGGCGGACCUGUCACACUGUACGCCAAGCACAACAUCAGGCAGCUCUACCUGCCCACCGUCGAUCACUAUGAGCCUGAGCUCAGCGAGUUGCGCACAGCCAUCAAGUUCAUUGAGCAAGAGGUCGAUUCUGGCAACAAUGUGUUCAUUCACUGCAAGGCUGGCCGAGGUCGCAGUGGCGCAGUUGCCAUCUGUUGGGUGGCCUACCGUCAUCACAAGACAUUGGAGCAAGCUCAACAAAUACUACUUGAGCGACGAAGCAAGGUUCGCAAGUCACUGUACAAACAAAAGAAUGUUCUGGCUUUCUACUCCAAGUAUUGUGUCAAUGGAGUGCCA